AUGGAGCUUCAACAAGAUGAAAGUUCCACACCGCUCCAGCAGAGCUCUGACUCAACAUCAGCUGGAUCAACUGAAGUCCAGAUGAAGCUCAAAUUAAUUCUGAUAAAGAAGUUUCAGUGUGUAAAUGAAGUGACCACAAAGCAGGGAAACCCAACACUUCUGAAUGAUAUCUACACCGAGCUCUAUAUCACAGAGGGAGAAAGUGGAAAAGUCAAUAAUGAACAUGAGGUGAGGCAGAUCGAGGCAGCAUCCAGGAGAGCAGCAACAGAGGACACGCCCAUCAAAUGUAACAACAUCUUUAAACCUUUAUCAGACCAAGAUGAACCCAUCAGGACUGUCCUGACUAAGGGUGUUGCCGGCAUCGGAAAAACCGUCUCUGUACAGAAGUUCAUUCUGGAUUGGGCUGAAGGGAAAGAGAAUCAGGACGUCCAGCUCAUAUUUGCACUUCCUUUCAGAGAGCUGAAUUUGAUGAAGGACCACAAACUGAGUCUGAUGGAUCUCCUUCAUUUCUAUUUUCAGGAGAUAAAAGAAACUGACAUGUCCAGCUUGUACAAAGUUCUGUUUAUUUUUGAUGGUUUGGAUGAGUGUCGUUUAUCUCCAGAUCUUCAGAACUCAGUGAGAUUGAGUGAUGUAAAUGAAUCAGCAUCAGUUCCUGUACUGCUGAUGAACCUGAUCAAAGGGAAUCUGCUUCCUUCUGCUCUGAUCUGGAUCACCUCCCGUCCAGCAGCAGCUGAUCAGAUCCCCUCUGAGUGUAUUGAUCGAGUGACGGAGGUACGAGGAUUCACUGAUCCACAGAAGGAGGAGUACUUCAGGAAGAGGGUCAGUGAUCAGAGUCUGGCCAGUAGAAUCAUCUCACACCUGAAGUCUUUAAGAAGCCUCUACAUCAUGUGUCAUAUUCCAGUCUUCUGCUGGAUUACAGCCACAGUUCUAGAGAGAAUGUUUGGUGAAGCAGAGAGUGGAGAGAUCCCCAAAACUCUGACUCAAAUGUACACCCACUUCCUCAUCAUUCAGACCAACAUCAUCAGAAAAAAGUACAUGAAGAAUCAGGAAGAAGAAGGAGAAAUGAUCCUCAAACUGGGAAAACUGGCUUUUGAGCAGCUGAUGAAAGGAAACCUGAUCUUCUAUGAGGAAGAUCUGAUGGGGUGUGGCAUUGAUGUUCAAGAGGCCUCAGUGUACUCAGGUGUGUGUACACAAAUCUUCAGAGAGGAGUUUGGACUUCACCAGAGUAAAGUGUACUGCUUUGUUCAUCUGAGCAUUCAGGAACAUCUCGCAGCUCUAUAUGUGCACCUGACCUUCCUGAAGGAAAAAAUAAUUGUUCUUCAACAGAGUCUGUAUUCAAAAUUGAGGAUCCUGAAGGUAAAACAAAUCUCAGAUCUACACAAGAGUGCUGUAGAUCAGGCGUUACAGAGUAAAAAUGGACAUCUGGAUCUUUUUCUUCGCUUUCUUCUGGGUCUCUCACUGCAGUCCAACCAGAAUCUCUUACAAGCCUUAGUGACACAAACAGGAAGUGACUCUCAUAACAAAGAUGAAACAGUUCAGUACAUUAAGAUGAAGAUCAGUGAGAAUCCCUCAACAGAGAAAUCCAUCAAUCUGUUCCACUGUCUGAAUGAACUGGAUGAUCAUUCACUAAUUCAGGAGAUCCAACAAUACCUGAAAUCUGGAAAACUAAAACAAACCAAACUCUCUGAUUCUCAGUGGUCAGCUCUGGUCUUCAUGUUACUGACAUCAGCAGAGGAACUGGAUGUGUUUAACCUCAGUGAUUAUGCCAACAAAUACAGCACAACAAAUAAGGUUCUUCAGAAACUGAUGCCGGUGGUUGCAGCAUCCAGAGCAGCUCGGUUGUGGGAUUGUGGUGUAUCAGAUGAAGGUUGUUCUGCUCUGGCUUCAGCUCUGAGAUCAAACCCCUCACACCUAAAAUAUCUCAAUCUGUCUUAUAAUAAUCUAGGAGAUUCAGGAGUGAAGCGUCUCUCUGCUGGACUGGAGAAUCCUCACUGUAAACUGGAGAUACUGAGGUUGAAUAAUUGUGGUGCAUCAGAUGAAGGUUGUUCUGCUCUGGCUUCAGCUCUGAGAUCAAACCCCUCACACCUGAGAGAACUCGAUUUGACUGAUAAUAAACUAGGAGAUUCAGGAGUGAAGCGUCUCUCUGCUGUACUGGAGAAUCCUCACUGUAAACUGGAGAUACUGAGGUUGUGUUAUUGUGAUGUGUCAUAUGAAGGUUGUUCUGCUCUGGCUUCAGCUCUGAGAUCAAACCCCUCACACCUGAGAGAACUCGAUCUGUCUUAUAGUAAACUAGGAGAUUCAGGAGUGAAGCGUCUCUCUGCUGGACUGGAGAAUCCUCACUGUAAACUGGAGAUACUGAGGUUGUAUAAUUGUGGUGUAUCAGAUGAAGGUUGUUCUGCUCUGGCUUCAGCUCUGAGAUCAAACCCCUCACACCUGAGAGAACUUCAUCUUUCUGGAAAUAAACUAAAAGAUUCAGGAGUGAAGCGUCUCUCUGCUGUACUGGAGAAUCCUCACUGUAAACUGGAGAUACUGAGGUUGGAUCGUUGUGGUGUAUCAGAUGAAGGUUGUUCUGCUCUGGCUUCAGCUCUGAGAUCAAACCCCUCACACCUGAGAGAACUUUAUCUGUCUGUGAAUAAUCUAACACAUUCAGGAAAGAAGCUUCUCUAUGAUCUGAAGGAUAAUGAACGUUUCAGACUGGAGGUUCUGAAGGCCAGUGUGGUGCGACGCCGUGCAGUCCUCGUACUGCUUUUUGUUUUGAUCGUCACAAUGAUGAAGGUUCUGAUUCUACUGCUGAAUACACUCGGCCUCCUCACUCAACAGUCGUUUGGAGAAAUCAUCAUGACUCAGACUCCAGGAUCUCACUCGGUUUCUCCAGGACAAACUGUUACCAUCAACUGCAGAGCCAGUCAGAGCGUUAGCAGCAGCUACCUCCACUGGUACCAGCAGAAACCUGGAGAAGCUCCUAAACUCCUGAUCUAUAGUGCAACUACUCGUCAGUCUGGGUUUCCUGAACGUUUUAGUGGAAGUGGAUCUGGUACAGAAUAUACUCUGAAAAUUACUGGAGUCCAGGCUGAAGAUGCAGGAGAUUAUUACUGUCAGCAGUAUCAAACCAGCCCAUGGAUCGCUGGAGGGCGGACCUCACUCACCUCCGGUCCCACGGUGAAGCCGUCCGUGUCUCUGCUCCCUCCCUCCUCUCUGCAGCUGUCUGAGGGAUCGGCCUCGCUGCUCUGCCUGCUGUCUGGUUACUCUCCACAGGGGGCGCUGGUGAGCUGGACGGUGGACGACAGAGUGGUGCAGGAUGGGGUGGUGACCGGAGCAGAAGAACUGAAAGGGGGCAGUUGGAGGCGUGGCAGCACCCUGACCCUCAGCAAAGCACAGUGGGAAAAGGGGGAGGAGUUUGGCUGUAAGGUCUCUCAUGGUGGCGUCGAUCAUCAUCCCGUCGUAUUCAGAAAGAACCAGUGUGAAGGCUAGCAGCUCCCAGAUAGAACUGAACAUGGAGACACUUCCACAUGCUUCUACAAUGGAGUUUCAGUUCUACACAAUGCUGCAUUUCUGUCUUUCCUCUGUUCAGUGUCCUGUUGCUCUUCCUGUAGUUUUGCUGUGCUGAAAUA